UCACACAAAAAAAUCAAGAAGUUACAACUCUUUAACUUGGCAAUUUUGAAAAAACGCUUCAUAUAUAGUUUUAGAAUCUAUAUACAUAGAAACAAAGAAAAUGCCUGAGGGAAAAAUCAACCUCUUCUACAUUGUGAUCAUUUUCAGCCUCGUGGUGCAAGGUAUGGGACAGUGUUCACUAAAGGAUAUGAGUGUAGAGCAAACCAAAGUGGACAAAAAUGUGAAGAAUGGUGGGAGGCCACUUUGGAAUGUGACAAUUACCAAUAAUUGUUACUGCUCUCAGUCCAAUGUAAGAAUUGCUUGUGCGGGGUUUCGAACCUCAGACGUAACUGUUAUUGAUCCUUCAAUUGCGAAGAUAGCAAAGGGUAAAGGUUUAUUAAACAAUGGGGAGCCAAUAUAUCCAUACAGUUCAAUGGGAUUUACCUAUGCUUCUAGUGCACCACUUCAAUUCAAGCUUCUUUCUUCUCAAGUAGCAUGUUCUUAGAAGACUAUAAUAUAGUAAAUUAGUAGUAGCAUGUUCUUUGAAGACUAUAAUAUACUACUAGUAGAUUAAUUAGUAGUAGCAUGAUCUUUGAAAACUAUAAUAUAUUAGUAGUGUGUUUACUUCAAGCUUCUAGUCAUGAACUCAUGGUUGGUUGAGUUGGUUUACCCCUCAUUUUACCCUUUCAAGAUUAGGGUUUUGAUUCUUGCAGGGUAAAAGAGGAUUAUGAGAGGUCUUUUAAUUGACUCGGCUUUUUAUAUAGGAGAUAGAUAGCUCAUUCGGAGUGGCAUGUAUGAAGUAUGUAUGUAGUACGUGUUAGGAAAUGUUUUUUAUAAGGAAAUAAAUAAAAGUACCUAUCUUGUGUUGAA